GGCGCGGCUUCCCUGCGGCUUCCCGCCCGCGCCCUCGCUCUCGCCCGCCGCCGCCGCCACCGCCGCCCCGGUUCCCCACUGACGCCCGCGGCCCGCGAGCCUCGCGGACGUGACGCCGCGGGCGGAAGUGACGUUUUCCCGCGGUUGGCCCGGCGCUCGGUUGCCGGGCGCGUCCGGUUUUCCUCAGGGGACGUUCCCAUUAUUUUUGUAACGGGAGUCGGGUGAGGACGGGGCGUGCCCGGCGUGCGCGCGCGCCCGCCUCCCCGCGCGCCUCCCUCGCCUGCUCGCGCCGGCCCGCGCAGCGCGUCAUGCCGCCCAAAGCCCCGCGCAGAACCGCGGCCGCCGAGCCCCCGCCGCCGCCGCCGCCGCCUCCGGAGGACGACCCCGCGCAGGACAGUGACCCCGAAGAGCUGCCCCUGAUCAGGCUUGAGUUUGAAAAAAUUGAAGAACCUGAAUUUAUUGCAUUAUGUCAGAAGUUAAAGGUGCCCGAUCAUGUCAGAGAGAGAGCUUGGCUAACGUGGGAGAAAGUUUCAUCUGUGGAUGGAAUCCUGGAAGGAUAUAUUCAGAAGAAGAAGGAACUCUGGGGCAUCUGCAUCUUCAUUGCAGCAGUUGACCUGGAUGAGAUGCCAUUCACUUUUACUGAGCUUCAGAAAAGCAUAGAAACCAGUGUCUAUAAAUUCUUUGACUUAUUAAAAGAAAUUGAUACCAGUACCAAAGUUGAUAAUGCUGUGUCAAGGCUAUUGAAGAAGUACAAUGUGUUAUGUGCACUCUACAGCAAAUUAGAACGGACAUGUGGACUUAUAUAUUUGACACAGCCCAGCAGUGGGUUAUCUACUGAAAUAAAUUCUAUGUUGGUGCUAAAAGUUUCUUGGAUCACCUUUUUACUAGCUAAAGGAGAAGUAGUACAGAUGGAAGAUGAUCUGGUGAUCUCAUUUCAGUUAAUGUUGUGUGUACUUGACUAUUUUAUCAAGCUCUCGCCUCCUGCGCUGCUCAGAGAGCCGUACAAAACAGCUGCAACACCCAUUAAUGGUUCACCUCGGACACCCAGAAGAGGUCAGAACAGGAGUGCUCGGAUAGCAAAACAACUAGAAAGUGAUACAAGAACUAUUGAAGUUCUCUGUAAGGAGCACGAGUGUAAUGUAGAUGAGGUGAAAAAUGUUUAUUUCAAAAAUUUUAUCCCUUUUAUAAGUUCACUUGGAAUUGUAUCAUCUAAUGGACUUCCAGAGCUUGAAAGUCUUUCUAAACGCUACGAAGAAGUUUAUCUUAAAAGCAAAGAUUUAGAUGCAAGACUAUUUUUGGAUCAUGACAAAACACUUCAGACUGAUACUAUAGACAGUUUUGAAACAGAGAGAACUCCACGAAAAAGCAACCCUGAUGAAGAGGCAAACAUGGUUACUCCACACACUCCAGUUAGGACUGUUAUGAAUACUAUUCAACAGUUAAUGGUGAUUUUAAAUUCUGCAAGUGAUCAGCCAUCAGAAAAUCUGAUUUCCUACUUCAGUAAUUGCACAGUGAAUCCAAAAGAAAAUAUCCUAAAAAGAGUAAAGGAUGUUGGACACAUCUUUAAAGAGAAGUUUGCUAGCGCUGUGGGGCAGGGAUGUAUUGACAUUGGAGCACAGCGAUAUAAACUUGGGGUUCGAUUGUAUUAUCGUGUGAUGGAAUCGAUGCUUAAAUCAGAAGAAGAACGUUUGUCCAUUCAGAAUUUUAGCAAACUCCUAAAUGACAACAUCUUUCAUAUGUCUUUAUUGGCCUGUGCUCUUGAAGUUGUAAUGGCUACAUAUAGCAGGAGUAUGUUACAGAAUCUUGAUUCUGGAACAGAUUUGUCCUUCCCGUGGAUUCUGAAUGUACUUAAUUUAAAAGCCUUUGAUUUUUACAAAGUGAUUGAAAGUUUUAUCAAAGUGGAAGCCAACUUGACAAGAGAAAUGAUAAAACAUUUAGAAAGAUGUGAGCAUCGAAUCAUGGAAUCCCUUGCAUGGCUUUCUAUAGAGUCUCAUUGUAUAGCCCUGGAUGGUCUACAACUCUAUAGGUCAGGCUGACGUCAAUCUCAUGGAGAUCCACCUCUUCCUCCAAAGUGUUGGGAUUAAAAAAGCACACAAGACCACGGCAAACCCAUUGGUUACCUUUUAGAGAAAGAGAGAAAGAAUAAGAUAAAAAUAAAAAUGUAUUUUUAUUUAUUUACAUGUUUUUUUGGUGUGUGUUCUUUAUUUUUCAUAGAGAUUUAGAUUUUCAUCUGAUUGAUUUUCCUUUUGUCUCCAGGAACUUUUUGUUUGUUCAUUCAUUUAAAUUUUCUGCAUUCAUGUCUAUCUUUAAGGACUAUUUCAACUUUUGUGUGGCUGGAAAAACAGGUCACUUCAUGCUUGGAAGCUAUUUGACUAAGCAUAGAAAUCUAGGUUACAGCUUUCUUUUCCUGUUUAAACAAGCUGCUACACUGUCUGGCUUGCCUCCUUUCUGAAAUCACUGUGUGGUUGCUUCUCUGCUAUAGAAGACUUUACUCUCUUUCUGGCUCCUUGUAAGAUUUUCUUCCUAUUGUUGGUUCUUACCAGUUUUCCUAUAACAUGCCUUUUUAAUUUUCUUUGCUUUGGAUAUGUGAAAAUGUAGGUUUUAUCACAUUUGGAAAAUUGGGCCCUUAUACAUUAGGAUUUUUAAUUGACCUCUCUACCUUUUCUUUUGAGAUUCCACUCUUUUCUACGUAUGUUAAGUUGCUUGUGGUUGUCUCACACCUGACUGCUGCCACCCCCUCCUCUUUUAAAGGAUGCUUGUCUCUUAUAGUUCAUUUUAAGUGGUUCCUAAAACUGUACCUUAAAGCUUUUUGGUAUUUUUCUUCCGAAGAAUCUAAUCUGCUUUUCAUUUCAUGUGCAUACUAUAUUUUCCAAUUCUAGAAGUUCUUACUUAGAUUCCUUUUACAUCCCUUUAACAGAUUCAUGCUCCUUUGCCUUCUUGGAUACAUGGAACAUAGGUAUUAUAACUUUUUAAAAAUCUAUCUGCUAACUCUUAAUGCCUAUUUCUUUUUAGAUGUGUUUCUAUUGACUGACACUCUACUUUCUAACAACCACUUGUUUUUUUGCCUCUUGGUAAUAUUUUACUAGAUUUAAAUAUGUGAAUUUUGCCUUACUGGUUCCUGGAUAUUUUCAUAUUCUUACUAAUAUUCUUGAGUUGUGCUUUGUUUGGGACACAUUUAAAUUGUAAGUAGUUUGAUUGUUUUGUACUCUCUAUCCCCAGCUUUCUCUUUUUCUUUCUUUCUUUUUUUUUUUUUUUUUUUUUGUUUCUUUCUUUCUGAUUCCAGGAACUUUAUCUUUAUUCAAACAGCAGUCUUUAUAUCUAAUUUUCCUCCACUAUCCAAGAGAUGAUCUUUUAAGUGCUUUACCUACUGCUUAUAGAUGGAUCAUAAGCUUGUCUGCUGUGGCUAGUAGAAACCAGUUUGUACAACCGAGCCUCUGCUCCUCCAGGACUUCCUCUUUAGCACUGAGAAGCUAGCUGUCUCUUGGGUGUGGGCUGUUGUGCCCCAGCUGAAGUGGGUCUCCACAGGCCUCAGCUCUGUUUUGUUAAUUCCCUCACCUCAGGGCUGUUUGUUGGGGACCAGUGGGUGUCUAUUUCCAUUUGUCCCUGUGUUUUGGUGGGGCGCUGCCUACAUAGUCAGCUACAGCAUGGCACCCACUGCACUGGAGUCGCUGUGGGUCCUCGUCCCCUUGUUCAGCAUUUGAAAACUGUCACUUAUUUUCUUCAGUUUUGUAGUUGUUUAAAACUACAAAAUUUGGUUCUUGUUUCUUCACCAGGCCUGCCAGUUUUUAAAUCUGUUAAUUCUAUAUAAAUGUGAAGUAUACGUCCCUGAGGGUGAUCUAGGACAUUGUUUUUGUUUUCCUGCAUUAAGUGAGUUGGUCUUGUGGGUGCUGUCCUGGAGUACUGCUUAUUUUGUGGGGACACCAAAGUGCUACUAGUUCAUUAUUUCCUCUUAAUUCACUUUAGAAAACCACGAGAAAGCUGUCUGUGUCUGUAAAUACACAUGACAUGGUUGACUCAGAACUUUAGAUUCUAUUCAGUCACCAAACCAAGGAAGUUUGCUUACGCAGUAAAUUUUGAUUAGUGUGCUCUUAAGCAUUAAUUUUGAUCAGGAUACUCUUAUGUGUAAAGGUUAAACAAUUUUCUUGUCAGUUGUUUUCCCAGAUAUUUCACGAAGCACAGUAUUACACACCAGCACUGUGGCAGUAGGUGAUUCAGUCUGUUUGAGUCCUGAUUUGGUAGCAAACUCAUAAAUAGAUUUUUAAGAUGCUUUGGUAUCUUUUGAAAAGUCAAAGUUGACAGGAAGUGAACACAAAAGGGAGAAAAGCCUGCAACUCUGUAAAAGCCAAGAAAGGAGCCAAGGAAAGGGCCUGUAUUGUCUGUUUCUGUGAAUCAUUAGCUCGGUGCACUCUGCACGAAGGUUGCGUGCGGGCAUUGGCCAUGAGACAAUGUGCUGGCUUUUCUUUUCUAAGUUACAGUUUACAAAGAAUUAUGCCUUACAGGAAAACAAUUGAAUUGUAAAAUAAUGGUUAUUUGAUUUAGUAAUUUUUAAAAAUAUGGGUUAAGACAAUGAAACAAUGCAGGCCAUGUUGACAGUUACACAAUAACCAGAGGACUAAAUUGAAAAUCUAUCAUGUGAUUUUUUUAUUUUUAAAACCAGUUUUUUUCUGAAGACAUAUCAAAGGCUUUAACCUUUCUUACCGUGAUCCAUUUUAUCUUUAAUACCACACUUCUAUUUUCCACAAUUAACUAUUAUAGCCCUGGGAGACUUGGGAGACUUGGCUUCAGUCAAAGUGAAAAAUCUUUUAUUUUGUUCAGAAUACAUUUUUGAUAUUGGCUGAUAACAGGGUUCAGGACUAUUCUAAGUUGUGUGUCUCUGACAAAACGAAGUGAGUACAAGUACAUAGUUGCAGCAGAAGCAGUGUUUACUAAGAGGAUGUUCAUCUAAGAGCUGGAGGCAAGGGCUUGAAAGCAGACUGGAGCAGAGAGAAGGUAGAGGGAGUCAGUGCCCUGCAGUGUGUAAAGGUGGGGCCUUCUGUGUGACCGUGCGGUGGACAUGGGCUCCUUUCAUAUAAUGAGCUUUUCCAUGCAGUCUUCAUUACAGUGUGUUUUGCAUGCAGUGUGGUAUGUUGGCAGUCUGAUGAGCACCUUUAAUCUCCCCUAGAGGGGGAGGUUUAGUAUUAACACGAGUCCCAGGUUACUGACACCUGGACUACUCUAUGCCUUCCCACGAUACUGGUUAGUUUUAGCUGGCCUUGAUGGGUAGGAGGUCAUUGCUACCUUGGCCUUUUCCCCUGUGUGCUUGGUGUGAGGCCUUCUGGGAUUUCACCUUCUGCCUAUUAUUUUGUGUCAAAUCUGCUUCUAAAUUUUCCACUAGUUUUAAGUUUUUUCCAAACAUUUUUCCCUUCAAUGUAGUUCAAUGCAGAGUGCCGAGAUUUCUAGGAAAACACUUUUCUAUGUCUCUCACAUGUUUAAUUAUUUUAAAUACCUGCGUUGUUGUUGUUGUUGUUGUUGUUGUUGUUGUAGUAUCAUAGUGGCCUUUCUAAAAAGGUAUCUUUUAUAUGUCUCCCACCUUAUACUUUAGUGCUAGUUAGUCUUUUAAGUUUCUUCAAACUGUAACUUCCUUUGCUUUACAGAAAAACAGUUAUUUUGCAGUGGCUGGAAUAGUUUGACUCUCAUGGCACAGCCUUUCUUUCUAGCCUGUACCCCAGAGUUCUUUUAUGUCUGAGGUAUAGCACGUUUGUCUACUGAGGUGUCUGAUGUAAGACAUGGGACAGAGGACUUCAGUUUGAAGUCCUAGCUCUCCCAUCUAAAUGCUGGUGUCUUUUUCCUUCCUUUGUAAGUUGAUACGUAACUUUUUUUGAUUGUCUCUUUUAUUUGAUGGUUGAUGGUGCUAGAAUUUCCCUAGAGUCUUAUGCUAAGAACAUGUUUACCAUUUGAGAAAAGUCAAGAGAUUCAAGUCUGUCUGCUACAAAUAUAUUGUUUUUAGAAAUUUAUUUAAAGGUUCAGAAUUAUUUGUCACUAUUGGAUGUGAAUCCAUAUUUAUUUGAAUUACCUCAUAAUUUCUAAAUGAUUAAAGAGGUUUUUUUUUCUUUAAAAAAAGACAACAUAGGUGUUCUUUAUUUCCAUUCUCCUUUCCACAUAUCAGCUAUUUUGAAACAACUGUAAUUGUCCAAGUGAAAUAAAUAAAACACAAGAAAUAGCCCCAAGUCUCCAAGGAGCUUGUGAUCUAGUAGAGAAUUGUGGAGGUCAAAAGAACUGGAGUUAUGGUUCAUAGGUGCUAGGAACUGAACUGGGUUUUCCUUUUAUUUUUUUUUAAAGAUUUAUUUUUAUUUAUUACAUAUAAGUACACUGUAGCUGUCUUCAGACACACCAGAAGAGGGCAUCAGAUCUCAUUAUAAAUGGUUGUGAGCCACCAUGUGGUUGCUGAAAUUUGAACUCAGGAUCUCUGGAAGAGCAGUCAGUGCUCUAAACCACUGAACCACCUCUCUAGCCCAUGAACUGGGUUUUCUAUAAGAACAUUAAGUGCUCUAAUCAUUGAGCAUUUCUCCAGCCCCAACUGUUAUACAUUUUAAAACACAACUUGUCCUCUUUUCCCACAAGUGGGAGCUUAUUUCUCAGUGUUUUAGUAUCUUACUGUUGAUUGAAUUUGGGGAGUCAAAAUGAGCUCUGGAAGCUAAAAGGCUACCUGUCUCCUGCAAUGUCACCUGUCUCUAAUAAACAAGAACUAAGUAAUAGUAAAAUGCAGAGUGUGGCACAUUGGAAAGAGGAACAAAUGGAAGUCAAAUCCAUUUGUGGGUCCUGAAAUGAGGUCCAAAAGGCAUGUGCAACUCAGAAUUCCUUAGCAAGGUGUGGGCCCACUCUUCAACGUGGCUCUGUUCUGCGGUUAAGUUGUCAGAACUAUGUGAAAAUACUUUCAGGAAAUAAGUUUCUCCUCUUACAGGCACCAAGGAUUCAGCCUUUCCCUUCCUUUAGUGUAGAAUUCCUAAGACAUUUUUAGUUUGAGAUUGUUUCAUUAGUUUGAUAGUCAGAGAAAGGUAUGAGUGUCUAUCUUUAGAAUCUUUUUCCAAGACAGUUAGUUACAUUACCAACCUGUGAGAGUUGCCUUUAGAGCCAGGUAUAGUGAUGCAUAUUUAGGAAGACUGGGGCCGAGGAUCUUUUUGAGUUCAAGGCCACCCUGGUCUACAUAGUGAAUUCUAGAACAGACAGAACUAUACAGUGAGACCUCCAUCCCUUAGAAAACAACAACAACAACAACAACAAAAACCAGAAAGAAAAUGUAAAAGGAAGUUGCCUUUAGCUUGCUCUUCUAAGCAAUAAUUAAAUAACUAAUGGUGCAAACCCUUCAUUCCCCAAGGUCUGCAUCAUAACUGCUUGAGAGCAUAUUUUUCAAUGUUAAAAGCAGUUUUCUCAGUAUGAAUUGCAGUGUUCUAUACAGAAAUCUAUACAGAAAUCAUCUAGAGAUCUUUGAAAAUGCAUAUUCUUCUCUGGAAGGUCUGGGUGGGUCAAUCUUUUUUAAAAUAAACUUUUUUUUAUCUUUAUUAACUUGAGUAUUUCUUAUUUACAUUUCAAUUGUUAUUCCCCUUCCCAGUUUCCGGGCCAACAUCCCCCAACCCCUCCCCCUCCCCUUCUAUAGGGGCUUCCCCUCCCCAUCCUCCCUCCAUUACCACCCUCCCCCCAACAAUCAUGUUCAAUGGGGGGUCAGGCUUGGCAGGACCAAGGGCUUCCCCUUCCACUGGUGCCCUUACUAGGCUAUUCAUUGCUACCUAUGAGGUCAGAGUCCAGGGUCAGUCCAUGUAUAGUCUUUAGGUAGUGGCUUAGUCCCUGAAAGCUCUGGUUGCUUGGCAUUGUUGUACAUAUGGGGUCUCGAGCCCCUUCAAGCUCUUCCAGUCCUUUCUCUGAUUCCUUCAACGGGGGUCCUAUUCUCAGUUCAGUGGUUUGCUGCUGGCAUUCGCCUCUGUAUUUGCUGUAUUCUGGCUGUGUCUCUCAGGAGCGAUCUACAUCCGGCUCCUGUCAGUCUGCACUUCUUUGCUUCAUCCAUCUUAUCUAAUUGGGUGGCUGUAUAUGUAUGGGCCACAUGUGGGGCAGGCUCUGAGUGGGUGUUCCUUCUGCCUCUGUUCUAAACUUUGCCUCCCUAUUCCCUGCCAAGGGUAUUCUUGUUCCCCCUUUAAAGAAUAAAAUAAACUUUUUAUUGAGACUUUUUUACAAUGAAUUUUUAUCAUAUUGUACCUCUAUUCCCAACAUGCUCCUCCUGCUGUUCAUCCCUAGGUAACUCUUGUUUUCUGAGACAGAGUUUCUCUUUGUAACCCUGGCUGUCCUGGAAUUCAAUCUGUAGACCAGACUAGCCUCACACUCAGAGAUCUGCCUGCUUCUGCCUCCCAAGUGCUGGGAUUAAAUCCACCACCACCAUUGCCAGGCCCGCCCGCCCGCCCUCCUUUCUUUCUUUCUUUCUUUCUUUCUUUCUUUCUUUCUUUCUUUCUUUCUUUCUUUCUUUCUUCCUUCCUUCCUUCCUUCCUUCCUUUCUUUCUUUCAAGUUGUAAGCCUUUUAAAAUAUACUUUUUAAUUAAUGAGACUUUUUUAACAAUGUAUUUUAUCAUAUUUUACCUUCAUUCCUACCCUUACUUCUCCCAGAUCUACUCCCACCUCCUCCCUUGCUCUUUCCAAAGUUGUCUUCUGACUUACCCUGAUCAUCUAGGAUACCCAUUGAGUCUAUUGUAUGCUGCCUAUGUACUCCUGGGUAUGGGGCCGUCCACUGGACCAGGAACAGCUUACCAGAGUCUAAAUCCCUGAAGAUAACUGACUCCCCUUUCCCCAGAAGCCAUCAACUGUCACUAGUUACUUAGUUAUGAACUCAUGAGCCCUUCUCCACUCCAUAGAGUAGCAGGAUACUUGAUGACUGCUUUUAGAUGAACUUACAUCCUUAAAGAGCUUUUAGAUAAAAACUCCCUGUUGGUUGUUUAAUCGCUUCAGUAUUCUGUCUGUUGAGGUCUGGGAAUUGCUGCACAAACCACUCAGACACAGACCUCAGUUAAACAGGGCUGGUUUAUUGAGUGCAUACCCCAAGACUGACCAAUCAGGGCGGAAGUCUAGACUCAGGAGCUGAACUGCAAUGAUGAGAGAGAAUCCUAUAGAGCUGGUCUCAUUGGUUGGGGUAUUGAACUGCAGUGGGGGACUUGCCUGGUCUAACAUUCAUGUCUUAACUUGCCAACCAGGAUCUACAUGUCACUUUCUGUCAAGUAAAUUCUCAAGGAGGUCUUGGGAACUUAAAUUUAUUCAACCCCUCCUCAAAAUGGAAGUUUUAAUCCAAAUGGCUUCUUAGAUUGUUGCAGGUGUCUCUUAUGUAGAGGAACAUCCCAGGGGCAGCUUAGAAAGGCAAGAAACCAUAAAAACUCAUGCACAAAUGCAGGAAGUACUUACUGGGUGGUUGGUUCAAGUUCAAGCUUAUUGUAGCUAACUAUACAAAGCAAUUCUGACUGACCUCUAUUGUGACCAGUUUCCAAAAACACCAAAGCACAGAACAUAACAGAAUAUGCAGUUAACUCGGGCAUGAGAAAGUUCCCUAGUAAUAGCACAUGAGUAAUGAGCACAUUAGUAACAGUACAAAAUAUCUGGCUAGACAGUUUCGUAGGCCUUAACACUGUCCAUCAAGAAUGUUUGUCUGGGGGUGGGUCAGGGAGGAGGUAUGGGAUAUGGAACAGUAGGAGAGUAGACUGGGAGGGGAAUGAAAUCUAGAGGGUAAAAAUGAAUAAAAAAUUCGAAGAAAAAAAAGAAUGUCUGCCUAAUGUAACUUUGAUAAUAAUCCCGAGUUGAUGGUAAGCAGUCUUAGCAUUCUCUAAAUGUGGGCACUAAUUCAAGACACCCAGGCACUAAUUCAAGACACCCAGGUCACCCAGUUGGCAUUUGAAACCAGAUUGUUUUGCUUCCAAACUCCAUGGUGAUUUCUAGUAAAGUGCUCUGAUUCUCUAUCAGAUUAUUUCAGUUAAGUCAUUAACAGCAUUUUUAUUACCUUGAUAAUAUAUAUUUAGACACUUGGUGUGACAGAGCACAGUACACCUACUAAAAUCUAAAGAGAAUGCUAGGGAGAAUUAAAAUACAUAGAUAUGCAGUAGAAAUACAAAUAAAAUUGAGGAUAGGAGCAUACUGAAUAAUUUCUUAUCUAAGUAUUUAUCCCUUGAGGUGUACAUAUACAGGCACUUAAAAAGAGCUAAAACAGAAGCUCCGUUUAAUAAUUGUUUCCAUAAUUGCAUAAGGUCAAUAAAGAAAUCCGUGUGUUUAUAUUACACACACGCACACACACACACGCACACACACACAUGCACACACACACACACGCAUACUCCAAACAGAAAACCUGAAGAAGAGAGGAUAAAUGUAACUCAGUAGGAGUCUUCUUUACAAGUGCUGUGAAAAGCCUUACGUCCCUGCUGAAGACCUGGCUUGAAACACAUGGUUUUGAACAUAAACUCUUCUCCAGGUCUAAACUGUUGCUUAUGUGAUGUCUAAUACUUAAAUAUAAGUCUAUUCUUUUCUCCAUGUGUUUGUGUCCUUUAACAACUUUUACUGGCACUGAGAAAUUGGUGGAGUUCACUGUGGAGAAAUAUCUAUAAUCCACCUUGUCCCUUCCCCACUAUACCAUCCAAACAAUUUACCCAGCCUUUUAGUUUCUGCAUUGACUCAAAAUGCUAAACAAAUUAAAUUUUAUUAAAAAAAAUCCAAGGUAGGGUAUGGUAGCACACACCUUUAAUCUCAGCCCUCAGAAGGCAGGGAUAGGCAAAAUUUAAGAGUUCAAGGCCAGCCUGGUCUCCAUAAUGAGUUUUAAGCCAACCAGAACUAAGCAUCAGUCAACUGAUCAACCAAUCAAACUGUUUUAAGAAUAAUUUUAAUAACUGUAGAAACUUGGUUAGGGAAGCAGUGCUCAUAAAAAACCCUACCAGUCACAUUCCUUUGGAGUCUUCCUGAUUAUAUAGACCAGCAUCAAAAUGUUUGCCUCUUAGUCUUCCCAGCACAGGAACCUGGGCCAUGGGUUACUGGAUCUAUUUACUCUUCCUGGAAGCCUUAGAGUAAACGCUGCUGUUACUGAGAUUCAGGCAUUGUCAGAUAUCUUGCCUCUGUAUUUCUAAGUAAAUUAUGACUCACUAUAUUGAAUUUUCUGCCCUAUAAGUGGAGACAUACUGAGCUUCAAGAGCUGUCAUGAGGGAUAAUCAUUUAUACAAAGAAUGUUGAGAAACAUCACACUUAAUUUUGAUUUCCCUUGCUUUGUUCUCUUUCCUCACCUAUACAAUGAUUUCUUAAGAGCAGAGAACUGAGGACACAGAAGUCUGGGAUUGUUUAUCCUGGCUUAUGCCCCACUUUGAGAACUUUUCCCUUCUCUUUGCCUCCUUUACCCUGUCUUUUUCCAAGUAGUAAAUAUUCAGGGGAAAGGGUCUCUGAGUUCCAGCUUUGUUACAUGUGGCCACUCCUGGCUGCUAAGUGGCAGUUGGAAUCUAUUAUAUUGCUUUGCUUAUGAUUCAUGUUAGCAAUUACCCCAUGUCAGUGCUAGCUCACUGUUCAAGUACAGACAGGACAAGAGACAGCGACUGCAGAAUGGCUAAGAAGUAUCUUCCGUCCUUUCCCUGUGGAAUGGAAAUACACCAGCUCUGAUUUAGAAGAUGAACAUAGAUCACUGACGUGCGAGAAUACAGCCCUGAAAUCUCUAGUUUCAGCUUGUGAUUUCUUAACUAGUACAGCGAUGCUAGGAUUCUAGAUGUGCAAGAAAAAGAGAAAUAACUUAUGAAACAUUCAUCUUAACAGGGUAGCAUCUGGAUUUUUCUAGAUCUCUCCAGCAGAGUAAGACAACUCUGAGUGAACGGCAAUAAAAUAAGGCAGUUAUUCUUAAGUCAUCUGAAGUCGCUCAUUGUGCUUUGUGAAGCAGCACAGCCCUGCUUUCCUGAGCAGUUGUGCCCUAGUGUUCCCUCUUGAGCCCUACACAGUCACUUCAGCAUGUGUGCAUAGCCCUUUCCUCUGUGCUCUUUAAACUUAAUGGCUUUGAGUACUUUAUAAUUUUGCUCAAAAUCACCAAAUACCAAAAGUUUGUUUUUGGUUUUAGUCUUUUCCUGUGUUGCUGUAAGUGGAGACUUAAACCGUGUGGGUCGAGACAUAGGUCAAUGAGGGAAGGCACUUGGCUGCAAACCUGGCAGCCUGAGUUCAGUUCCCGUGCCUCCCACUCCUGUAAGUGUAGUCGGAGUAUGCAUGCUCGCCCUCCUCCAACACAAUAACAAAUAAGCGGAAUUGUAAGGUUUGCUUUGCUUUGUUUUCUUUCUUUCUUUCUUUUUUUUUUUUUUAAAGCAACGGUAAUGAAAUGUAGAACAGAAAUUUUAUUUUUUACUCUUCUGGGUUUUUUAAAGAAUUAUUAUUGCUAAAUUUUAGAUGGCUUUUUUGUUAUUCGUAUGUAUACUACCAUUCACUAAAAUAAAACAGAGAAGCUAGGCAUGAUCACCUCUAUCUGUAACCUAAGCAUAAGAAUAGAGGAAUAUUUAAUUUAAGACCAGCCUCUCUAGGUAGAACUCAAGGGCCGGAUGUGUAUGUAGUGCAAGGUAGAAGACAGCUUAGCAUGCCUGGUGCCCCUGAGGUCCUUACUUUCAGAAAAAGAAAAAAAAAGAGGGUUAUAUAAUAAUAGAAUUUCCCUUAAGAUUUUUAUUAUACUCUUUUGUGUUUUCUUUCAAAAUAUCGAAUAGAUAAUUGUUUUUAUGCCACUUUAUUUUUGGACUUAUAAUGCUUUGUUAUUUUUAUCAUUGUGUUCCUAGCAGAUGUUAAGGUAAUUUGCCUGGGAUUCUUUCGUGCUAGUUUCUAAAUUCAUUGUUUUCAUUUUUUUUUUUUCUGUAAAUAUUGAAAUGAGUACAGCAGAGAGAGGAUUAAGUGUAGGAGUCACUGGAUUCAUUUGUUCCUGAAAAUAGCUUUUAUGUUCUUUACAGAUUGGACAUUUGUAGCAUUGUACACAUGUAGAAUACUACCAGGUUCAUUUGACUUCAUACAUUUAACAAAUUCAUCUGAAAGCAAACUUUUCCACCAUUAAAUUCAAAUGAAAGGUGACUGAUUCAGUGUUUGUGGAGACUGCUGAAGAUUGCUUUGCCAUGCAAAUAUGUCCUCUCUGGUCUUUACAACCACCUUCUCCUCCUCCCCUUCCUCCUUUUCUUCAUCUUCUUCCUCUCCCUCCUUUUUUUUUUUAAACCAACAUAUUGGGUUUUGUUGUUGUUGUUCUCUUCAGUAGCUAAAAUUUUACUGAAUUAUAUGUGUUCUAGUCUCUUUACUCUGAAGAAGUCCUAAGGACCCAAUUUUGAAACCAGUCAUUUUAGCCACCAGCAGAAAUUACAUGAGUGAUGUUAGCCAAAUGGUAUAAUUUUAGUGUUACCUAAGCAGCCAUUUUUAUUUAAAUCAACUACUUGUUCUGUUCAUCAGGUAUUAUGUCUUCCCCCUAAGCAAUCUACAGUUUUGUUCAGAGUGAAUAAUUUAUGCUGAUAUUACAAAAAAGUUUCUAAAUUUCCAAAUACUACAAAUAUUACAAGUUGAGACCUGUGUCUUUAUGUUCUUAAAUACAUGCUAAUAUUGAUUGGUAAAAUUAGUUGGAGAAGUAUCCCUUCCUAAAAAUAUUAUUUUGAAGAUUAUGUUGCUCAUAAUGAAAAGAUUUAUAAAAGAAGCCUUUGUUGUUUUUGCUGUAGUAAAGGGGUUUGUUAGUAUGGCUUCCCAUGUGAACUUACACUGUACAUGGUCUUUUCUCAUUCUCCCAUCUCCCGAAGGAUGUUAGAACAUCCUUCCCUCUCCUCUUUCUUGUUGUUCCUAUCCAACACGAUUCUUUAUAUACUUAUAUUCUUUUAUAUACUUACUUCUUAAAAUAAUUUUUUUAGUUCAAACCAACAAACUUCUGACCACAAACCUUACUUCCUCUCUCCUCAGGACAUUUUACAACAACAGAAACAUGAUCUCACACAAGAACUCACAUAGAUAGGACAAACUCAGCAGAGCUUAGACGAUCAAAUGGAAAAGAACAAAAGAAGUAGAGGGAUUAAUUCAUUUUUAAGGAUAAAAACAAAAUGAACCUGUUUUGAUGGAUGUAAAAGAAUAGAACAGAUCCCAAUACAAAGAACACACACAGCACAGUGCUUUCAGGGAGAUGGGAGCUUCAGCUUCUAAGCAUCGCCUGUCAUUCUCCUGUCAUUGCCAGGAAAAUUUUCUAUAGUGCCAGCUGGUAUAUAUCACAAUUAUUAUCUGUGGGUCUUAUAAAACAUAGGUUCCAGAUUGUUGGAAACAAAGUUUCUGGGUUGGAGUUGAAGAAUUUGUGAUUCUAACAUGUUUCUGGAUGGUGGUAGUGGUGGUCUGAAAACAUGAAGUUCUUGGACCCUUGUCUCAGGGAGCCAUGCCAGUCUGACAGGAGCUUGCAAGUGUAUGUGCCCCUGUGCUGGUAAAUCAGAGUAUGCAGAGUUUGGGCUGAAGCCUGUAGUAAGUAUUGUGCAGUGCAUAGUCUAUACACAGAUAAAUAGUUCUAGUCUAACUGUGGGAAUUGUUCUCAUAAACCCAUUGCAGGCUGUGAAUAUCCUAAGUCAGAAAUGCCUUUGAUGCCACUAACCUACAGAGUAACUUGUUUGGCCAGUCAUGAAGUGGCUGCCAGGAAGCUUGUGACUGUGUUGUUGCCUUGUACUGAAGAGGUAUCAUGGAACAUAUUACUAACUGGGAAAAGAUAAAAAUUCAGUUUGAAGUAGUUUCCAUGUAAUGUGUACUACUUUCAUGCUAUUAUUAACAAGUAAGUGAGCAUACCGCAAAUCAGGGACUAUCUAUACAUGCCUGAGCAGCUACCUGCACAUAUACACCCGGGCUUGCAGUUUCCUAUUGAUGUCAAACAGAUUCCGAGCAGGAACAGCUACAUUGACACUUCUGUAACAGAUCUGAGUAUGCUAGGAGUACAGAGGUAAUUUUUUCCUGGGGAGAAAAUACAAGAAACUUCUGUGCUAUUGGAUUAGGUUACAUUGCUUCUUAUCUUUAUAUCAAGGAGUACUUGGCUCAUUUUCUCUCUGUUCUCUCCAAGAAAGAUCAGAAUGGGAGGAAUGACAGAAAGACUAUAAUAAUAAUAAUAAUAAUAAUAAUAAUAAUAAUAAUAAAAGAAAUUUUUCUUCAGCUAUUGAUAAUAUAGAGACUUAAGUCAGAAAAGGCCCACUUGGUGUGCUAAGCAUAAUGAGGAAUAUACAUUUGCUCAAACCAGAGUUAAGUUAGUUAGAAUGUUAAGAAUUAUUUAUGGAGAAUGAAAUGCAGUUGUCAUCAAGAACACUGGAUAUUUGAUAGUCAUGUAUUAUUUAUCAGGCAUAAGCGCAAACAAUUUUUAGACAUAGAAUGACUUAAAGUAUAUUUUUUGUGUAGAAUGUAGUAUAUUUUUUGACAUGAAGUUACCAGAGAAUAUACUUUUAAAAAAUGAGAAAGGGGGGUAGGGGAAAAAUGAGAAAGGGACCCUAAGAAGAGGAUAUUGUAGAUCAUAAGAAAAUGAAACAGUCAUGGUAUAGAAAAAAGGGGGAGGGGAGGAUGCAGCUAGUCUAGGAAAUAGAUGAUCUGGGCAAGAACUACACAAUGAAAGUGAGGGGUACACGUACACACAGGAGUGCUUAGAAGAGAACGUUGCAGAAUGGCCUUGCUUUCCACCUUUAGGUGGGUUUCAGAGACCCAUGAGAAACUUUUAACCUCACUAAUCCAACCUACAACCCCUAAACUCUGUGUAUGUAUAUAUGCAUGUGUGGCGGGGGGGGGAGAGAAAAUGAGAGGGGGUGAAAGGGAGAGAGAGGGAGGGGGAGAGGGAGAGAGCGAGAAAUAGAGAGAAAGGGAGAGAGAAUAUGACAGUACUUAAGCAAAUAGGUAAGGAUAAGAGUUUGUAGUUAACUUUCUAUUUUUUUAAUUGGUCUCUUUUCUUGUGUUAAUUUUUCUUUUAUUAAAAAAAAAUGUUAGACAGUGCCUGGAAAGAAGGCUCAGAGGUUAAGAGAACACACUGCUUUUCCAGAGAACCCAAGGUCAGCUCACAGUAUCCAUGCUGGAUGCUUAGAGUAAGCUAUCAGUGCAGCUUUAGGGAAUCUAACAUACACACACCACACACCACACACCACACACACACAUACACACACCACAUACCACACACACCACACACACAUACACACACCACAUACCACACACACCACACACACAUACACACACACACACACACACACACACACACACACACACA